AUGAAUCAACAUCAUCAUUAUGAAAAAGAAGAACGAGAUUAUCUUUCAAGUCUGCAAGCAGUACGUGAAAGAUGCUUUAAAGUACAAGAGAUAGCUGUCAAAAAUAAGCUUCAUCAUUUUAAUAUUGACAGCUCAAAACUUCAAGAUAUAGUACAACUUGUUAUUUCAUUAUUAAAAAGAGAUUAUUACGAUUUUGAUUCUCAACAGUUACAGAUUCCUUCACAUGGCCGUUGGCGUCAUUUUGAUGCUGGAGGAUGUGCUCGUAUUCAAGCCCUUUUAAUUGAUCCCUGGACAAAGAUGGGGGUUGAUUCUCUUGAACAGACGAGGCGUAUUUUGGAUUUAUUUGUCAUUGCAGUUCUCUUGGAUCUUGAUCCCUCACAGGGAUAUAGUUAUCAAGAAUCAACUCAUCAUCGUAUUUAUAAGAAAAGAGAAGGAAUGGCUAUUGCAAUUUUGGAAAUGUUUAUGAAUGGUGUUUUCUCUAUCAAUCCAGAGGAACCACAUCGUGUUGAUUCGGAAGCGUUGAUGCAGUUAACAUUAGAUGAUUUAUUAUCAGGCCUUAAAACAACAUCAGACGAAUUAAUAGGUAUAGAAGAUCGAUUUGAGUUGUUAAAACAUCUUGCCCAAGUCUUGCAAGUUCGAACUGAUUAUUUUGGAGGUCAAGAAGGCUUUAUGCCACGUCCUGGAAAUAUGAUGGAUUACCUUUUAAAUCAUCCAACCACAAUAAAAACGAAAAAAGGGCCUUUAAUCCGUUUAGAAACUCUUUGGCCAAUUGUAUUUGAAAUGGGUGAAUUAUGGACUGUCCAAAGUGACUAUUCUAAUGGCGAUGUCUGGUCAUGUUGCUCUAAUGAUAAUCUUCUAGUUCCUAUCCAUAAACUAUCUCAAUGGAUGAUUUAUACUUUGAUUGAGCCAAUGGAAAAGCUUUUAGGUGCAGUUAUUGAAGGAACUGAACAAUUAACUCCACUUCCAGAUUAUGCUAACGGUGGCCUGCUUAUUGAUACAGGGUUAAUUACAUUAAAAAGUCAAGAUUAUGAACGAGGUAUUGAGAAUUAUCGUCAACAUACCAAUUUACUUGGCCAGUCCAAGGUAGAAAUGAUACCGAUGUUUGAUAUAUCGGAUUCAGCAAUAAUAGAAUGGAGAGCCUUGACUAUCGCUUAUUUAGACCUUGUUUGUGAUCGUGUUCGUGCUGCCUUGAAAUUAACGAGAAAAGCAUUGUCAUUAACUCAAUUGAUUGAAGGUGGAACAACAAGUGCAGGCAGAGAAUUAGCCGAACUUUCACGACCAAAUACACAGCAGCCUCCUAUCCUUAUAAAAGUAUGUAUUCAAUAG